GAUAACAUGAGGGUUGUGGUCCUGUGGGGCCUGCUGCCCCUGCUGUGUCAAUACACGCUGGUUAGCGGGCACAUUUUAGGACGGACUUCUUCCACUGAUGACCUGGCUCAGCUCAAGUCUCUGCUAGAACGCUUUGAGGAGACCCUGUCCGAAGUAGCUCAGGAGGACAGCACUGAAACAGACUACGCAACGGCCAACCAAGAACCAGAGCGCAGCCAGACCGACCGAGCAUGGAACACAGAGCAGGACAGAGCCCAGGAACCCGUGACACUGGACCGAUCCCCGCCGCUCUCUGAAGCCCAGAGCCGGGCCAUGAGUCAGAAGAGCCGCCUAAUGGACCUGCUGCUGACUGCCAGGAAGCGGACGUCCGGCUGCUUCGGUGCCAGGAUGGACCGCAUUGGGAACGCAAGCGGUUUGGGCUGCAACAAUGGCAGAGGCUAGGCUGACACUCCCGAAGGACAUGUGCAGGAUCAUUUCCUCAAUAAUAAACAGAUGAGAAAUUUAAUAUAUGAUUCUGUAUUUUAAAAUGUGUAUAUGCCCGUGUGUGUAUCUCUGUUUAUGUGUAUGUGUGUGACAUCAUGAAUUUUGUGAGGAACACCCAGUAUAACAACAACAUCCAUUUACUGCACAUGGUCUGAGAAAAAAUACGAAU